GAGUGAAUUGUGAGAGUGUUUGAUCAUCGGAAUAGACUUCCUAGAAGACCUGGGGAGGGUUGGGUUAACGGAGCUGAGUUCACUCGUCGAGUUCUCACUUCUUGGUGCCGAGUCGAUCUCAAUUUUAGAUUCAAGAACAGUGUGAAAGGUUCUUAUCCGUACUAAUUUAGGGAGAAUACAGAAGGACUCUCAUUGAUUCGGAUCGACUGAGUUUUUCCGAUUCGGGAAAAGUUUCAGACUCGCACAGUAAAAUAAAAAGCAAUGGAUUCCACGCAGAGAAGAGGUGGACUGGUAUCGCUAUCGCCAUCGCAGACACCACGUUCGAGCGAUAAGUUGGUGCGGGAACUGCGAUCUGGGGAAUCGAAUUCCAACACCAAGAAUGACAGAGACAAAGGUGUCAAUGUGCAGGUUCUUGUGCGUUGCAGGCCAUUGAGUGAGGAAGAGUUGAGGAUCCAUACGCCGGUUGUGAUUUCUUGUAAUGAGAGUAGAAGGGAAGUUUCGGCAGUUCAGAGUAUAGCGAACAAACAGAUUGAUAGAACAUUUGCCUUCGACAAGGUCUUUGGCCCAACCUCCCAACAAAAGGAAUUGUAUGAUCAGGCUGUGUCUCCUAUUGUAAAUGAAGUGCUUGAGGGCUAUAACUGUACCAUCUUUGCCUAUGGUCAAACGGGAACAGGGAAAACAUAUACAAUGGAAGGAGGAGCAAGAAAAAAGAAUGGGGAAUUUCCUAAUGAUGCGGGCGUCAUCCCAAGAGCUGUUAAGCAGAUUUUUGAUAUAUUAGAAGCUCAGAAUGCUGAAUAUAGCAUGAAAGUUACAUUUUUAGAGCUGUACAAUGAGGAAAUUUCGGAUCUUUUGGCCCUAGAGGAGUGUUCUAAAUUCAUAGAUGACAAAUCAAAAAAACCCAUAGCUCUCAUGGAGGAUGGAAGAGGGGGUGUAUUUGUGAGAGGCUUGGAAGAAGAGAUAGUAUGUACUGCUAAUGAAAUUUACAAAAUAUUAGAGAAAGGUUCUGCAAAAAGGCGUACAGCCGAAACUCUUCUUAACAAACAAAGCAGUCGCUCUCACUCAAUAUUCUCUAUCACAAUUCACAUAAAAGAGUGCACACCAGAAGGGGAAGAGAUGAUUAAAUGUGGGAAGCUGAACCUUGUUGACCUUGCUGGUUCCGAGAAUAUUUCACGCUCUGGUGCCCGAGAGGGCAGAGCAAGGGAAGCUGGGGAGAUUAAUAAAAGCUUGCUUACCCUGGGUCGUGUUAUUAAUGCACUAGUUGAACACUCUGGUCAUAUUCCAUAUAGGGAUAGUAAACUAACAAGGUUAUUGAGGGAUUCGUUGGGGGGAAAAACAAAGACAUGCAUUAUUGCUACAGUUUCACCCUCCAUUCAUUGUUUGGAAGAAACACUCAGCACCCUUGAUUAUGCACACCGUGCCAAAAAUAUCAAGAAUAAACCUGAGAUCAAUCAGAAAAUGAUGAAAUCUGCAAUGAUCAAGGAUUUGUACUCUGAAAUUGACCGGCUUAAGCAAGAGGUUUAUGCUGCAAGAGAAAAGAAUGGGAUCUACAUACCACGAGACCGUUAUCUACAAGAAGAAGCUGAGAAGAAGGCCAUGGCUGAAAAGAUAGAACGCAUGGAACUGGAUUCAGAAUCUAAGGACAAGCAACUUAUGGAACUUCAAGAACUCUACAAUUCCCAGCAACUUUUGACAGCAGAACUAAGUGAUAGACUUGAGAAAACUGAGAAAAAGCUCGAAGAAACUGAACAUGCAUUAUUUGAUCUCGAGGGAAAACACAGACAGGCAAAUGCAACAAUCAAAGAAAAGGAAUUUCUCAUAUCCAAUCUCCUCAAAUCUGAGAAGGCACUUAUUGAGCGAGCAUUUGAGGUUCGAGCAGAGCUAGAGAAUGCUGCUUCAGAUGUGUCUAGUUUAUUUGCCAAAAUUGAGCGCAAAGAUAAAAUUGAAGAUGGAAAUAGAAUACUUAUCCAGAAGUUCCAGUCCCAAUUAACUCAACAGCUUGAAAUCUUGCAUAAGACUGUGGCAACUUCUGUGACUCAACAAGAGCAGCAACUGAAAGACAUGGAGGAAGAUAUGCAGUCCUUUGUAUCAAUGAAAGCAGAGGCUACUGAAGAACUUCGAGGAAGGCUGGGAAAGUUGAAAACCAUGUAUGGUUCUGGUGUUAAAGCUUUGGAUGACAUAACCAAGGAGCUCGAAGUAAAUUCUGAGUCAACUUUUAGUGACCUGAAUUCUGAAGUUUCUAAGCAUUCAUCAGCCCUUGAGGACCUAUUCAAAGGAAUUGCUUCAGAAGCUGAUGCCCUGCUUAAUGAUCUUCAAAGCAGUCUUCACAAGCAAGAGGAGAAGCUAUCUGCUUAUGCACAACAACAGCGUGAGGCACAUGUGAGGGCAGUCGAAACUGCAAGGUCAGUUUCCAAAAUAACGGUCAACUUCUUUGAGACUCUAGAUGCGCAUGCAUCCAAGCUGAGCCAUAUUGUGGAAGAGGCACAAACCGUCAAUGAUCAGAAAUUGUCGGAACUUGAAAAGAAGUUUGAGGAGUGCGCUGCUAAUGAAGAAAGGCAAUUAUUAGAAAAAGUUGCGGAGUUGCUGGCAAGUUCAAAUGCUAGGAAGAAAAAACUGGUCCAAGUAGCAGUAAAUGAUCUUCGGGAGAGUGCAACAAGUAGAACAAGCAAACUGCAGCAGGAAAUGUCAACCAUGCAAGAUUCCACUUCCACUGUUAAGGCUGAGUGGACAGUUCACAUGGAAAAAACAGAAUGCCACCAUGAUGAGGAUAUUUCUGCCGUAGAGUGUGGAAAGAAAGACCUAGAAGAGGCUCUUCAGAAUUGUUUAAAGAAGGCAAAUUUGGGUGCACAACAAUGGAAGAAUGCUCAAGAAUCCUUGCUCAUCCUAGAAAAUAGCAAUGUUGCUUCUGUGGACUCCAUUGUUAGGACGGGAAUGGAAGCCAAUCAAGUCCUGCGUGCUCAGUUUUCUUCUGCUUUGUCAACUGCUCUGGAAGAUGUAGACACUGCUAACAAGGAUCUGUUUUCAUCCAUUGACUAUUCACUGGAACUUGACCACGAUGCAUGUGGGAAUCUCAAUUCAAUGAUAGUUCCUUGUUGCGGAGAUUUGAGAGAAUUAAAGGGAGGCCAUUACCAUAAGAUCGUGGAGAUAACUGAAAAUGCGGGGAAAUGUCUUCUACAUGAAUACACGGUGGACGAACCAUCUUGUUCAACACCGAGAAAGAGGUCGUUUAAUCUACCAAGCGUGGCAUCAAUUGAAGAACUCAGAACCCCUGCUUUUGAGGAAUUAUUGAAGACAUUUUGGGAUGCGAGAUCUGCGAAGCAAGCAAAUGGAGAUGUAAAACAUAUUGGUGGGGUGUACGAGUCUGCCCAGUCCGUAAGAGACUCCAGAGUUCCUCUCACUGCUAUUAAUUAAGGAGAGUUGAACAGAAAGAAGGGUGAGGGGUAGUAGUGGUAACAACAAAUUGUGUACAUAAUAAAACCAUGUGGUGCCGCCAAUGUCGGACUCUCACCUAUCUCUAUAUUCGUUAUUUGUUGCCAUGAAAAGGAAAAAUCACUCUAGGCAGGAAUAUAUAUAUAAUAUAUAUAUAUAU